AUGGAAAGCAGAGAUGAAAUCAAGGUUUCUUUAAUGACAAAGAGGAAUCAGAUGAAGGGUAAGAUCACCAGGACCACAGGGUUCCAGGACUUUAAGGACCGUGUCUUUGUCCUGACCAGGGACAAACUGUCGUAUUAUGAGGGAAACUUAAGUAAACGAGGGAAGCUGAAGGGAGAAAUCCUUCUGGCCUCUGUCAAAGUCGCAGAAAAGGUUGAUGACGGAUCACUUCCAAAGGACAACUGUUUCCAGGUGUGUUAUGAGGACUCGCUGAACUUGUACAUCAUGGCUAAUGAUGCCAAGGAACAGGAGGAGUGGGUCAGCCUCAUGCAGGAAGCCUGUAAGAACAACCGGGGCCUCCUGCCGAUGUUCCACUGCGGAGUGUGGCAGGGCAGUCGCUGGUCCUGCUGUGAGCAGGUCGACAAGAACGCGCCGGGCUGCAAACAGGCCUUCAGCCAGAGGUCACCUACAGACAUGACGAACGGCAAAAGCACUACAAACAACGGACCUCCCACUCCCAGAAACAUCACCAAAAUGCCGCUGCCCCCUCCCCCGGUACCGGCACAUGCUAAAAGAGAGCUCCCUGCCCCCCCUCCUGCCAAAGUGGUUGUGGCUGUGUAUGAUUACGAUCCGUCCCAACCAGGAGACCUUCAGCUGAAGAAAGGGGAGGAGUACACGAUUACUGACGACUCACGGACACACUGGUGGAAGGCUCUCAACAGGGAAGGGACUCAAGGAUUCAUCCCAAGCAACUAUGUUCAGGAGAAGACUGAAAAGGGCCUCAUAGGAGAAGGAUGGUACUGUAAAGACAUGUCCAGGCAGCGUGCAGAGGCUUUACUCAAAUCAGAGGACAAAGAGGGCUGCUUCCUGGUACGAGACUCCACGGCGAGCCCGGGCACCCUGACUGUGUCUGUGCUCUGCAAAACCCCUCAGACGACAGUGCGGCACUACCACAUUAAGCAGAACCCUCGUGACUCCAAGUAUUUCCUGUCAGAGAAAUACACCUUCCCAACAAUUCCUGAACUCAUCCACUAUCAUCAACACAACGGGGGAGGUCUUGUGACGAGGUUACGGUCCCCACCAGCAGCCCUUACAGGAUACGCACCUGUGACCUUGGGAUUCAGUCAAGACAAGUGGGAGAUCCAGUCCACAGAGCUGACCCUGAUGAAGCCCCUGGGCAGUGGACAGUUCGGAGUUGUGCGGCUCGGGAAGUUACAGGGCCGGACGCUGGUGGCUGUGAAGACCAUGCGGGAGGGCAGCAUGUGUGAGGAUGACUUCAUCCAGGAGGCGAAAACCAUGACGAAGCUGCAGCACCCAAACCUGGUCCAGCUCUACGGAGUCAGUUUCAAAGACAGGCCCAUCCAGAUCGUCACUGAGUACAUGUGCAAUGGUAACCUGUCCAGCUACCUGCGCAGUAAGGGCCGUGAGCUAGCUGAAGACAGGAGCCCGCUGGUAGACAUGUGCCACCAGGUGUGCUGCGGAAUGGAGUAUCUGGAGAGAAACAAGUUCAUCCACAGAGACCUGGCUGCCAGGAACUGUCUGGUUGGGGAACACAACAUCGUGAAAGUGUCAGACUUUGGUCUGGCCAGGUACGUGUUGGAUGAUGAGUACACCAGUUCGACAGGCAGCAAGUUUCCCAUCAAAUGGGCAUCCCCGGAGGUCCUCGAGUUUUCCCGCUUCAGCAGCAAGUCUGACAUCUGGGCUUUUGGCAUCCUGAUGUGGGAGGUGUUCACCCUUGGCAAGACCCCCUACCCUAACCUGAACACGACUGACGUGGUGAGGCAGGUGACACACGGGAAACACCUGGACAGGCCGCAGAGAUGUCCGCAUGCCGUCUACCGUAUCAUGAAACAGUGCUGGGAGAAGGACCCUCUCAGAAGGCCCACCUUCAAGGAACUACAGGUCCAGAUUGAGGAUAUACAGGAGAAGGACUACUGUGAGUAAGACACAUUC